CCCGCCGCCACCAUGGCAAACUGGGAGCAGUUCCUAUGUGCUUAUCGCAAGUAUCUGAUGUCCGUCCUGUUUCCCAUCUUGCUGCUGCCCCUGCCCCUCCUGGUCUCGGGCAAGGAAGCCCAAUGUGCUUACGCCAUCAUCCUCAUGGCCCUCUUGUGGUGCACAGAAGCCCUACCCCUGGCCGUCACUGCCUUUUUCCCUCUCAUCCUCUUCCCCAUGAUGUCCAUCAUGGAAGCAUCUGAGGUUUGCGUCGAGUACUUGAAAGACACCAACAUCCUCUUCAUCGGGGGCCUGCUGAUGGCCAUAACUGUUGAAAAAUGGAACCUACACAAGCGCAUUGCUCUCCGUGUCCUCCUCAUCAUUGGCGUGAGACCAGCAUUGCUGAUCCUGGGCUUCAUGAUCGUGACGGCGUUCCUCUCCAUGUGGAUCAGCAACACUGCCACCACGGCCAUGAUGGUGCCCAUUGCCCAUGCCGUCCUGGAGCAGCUGCACAAAAGCCCGGAGCAGAAGGAUGUGGAGGCGGGCAGCAACAACAUGGCGUUUGAGCUGCAGGAGCCCAAUGGCACCAUCGUUACAAAAGAAACCCCUCAGCUGGAGAGUGGUCCCAUCCCACCACCAGUGCCAGAAGAAAACGAGCAGAAGAAGAGGGAGCAUCUCAGAUUCUCCCAAGGCAUGAGCCUUUGCGUCUGCUAUGCUGCCAGCAUCGGGGGCAUCGCCACACUCACCGGCACCACUCCCAACUUAGUGUUACAGGGACAAGUCAACUCGCUCUUCCCAGAUAACCCCAACGUGGUGAACUUCGCUUCCUGGUUCGGUUUUGCCUUCCCAACCGUGAUCAUUCUACUGCUGCUAUCCUGGGUAUGGCUCCAGAUCCUGUUCUUGGGAUUUAACUUCCGGAAGAACUUCAACUGUGGAGGGAAGGGUCGGGAACAGGAGCGAGCAGCCUACCUCAUCAUCCAGAAUGAGCACAAGAGCUUGGGCCCCAUGAGUUUUGCCGAGGGUGCCGUCACCCUCCUGUUCUUCCUCCUAGUGGCGCUGUGGUUCACCCGAGAGCCGGGCUUCUUCAAAGGCUGGGGCAAUGUGGCUUUUCCUAACAAGAGGGGAGAAAGCAUGGUCUCAGACGGUACCGUGGCCUUCUUCAUCGGCAUCAUCCUGUUUAUUGUACCCUCAGAGUAUCCUAGCCUCUUCCUGCAAACAAAUGCCCAGGGGAAGCUCAAGGCCCCACCCGCCCUCCUCGACUGGAAUACCGUGAAUAAGAAAAUGCCCUGGAAUAUUGUCUUCCUGCUGGGCGGAGGCUUUGCCCUGGCCAAGGGCAGUGAGAAAUCAGGUCUAUCCAAAUGGUUGGGAGAUAAGUUGACACCUCUAAGCAGCAUCCCUUCUCCGGCCGUCGCCUUCAUCCUCAGUCUCCUUGUGGCCACCUUCACCGAAUGCACCAGCAAUGUGGCCACCACCACCCUUUUUCUGCCCAUCCUUGCUUCCAUGGCCCAGGCCAUCUGCCUCAACCCACUCUAUGUUAUGCUCCCCUGUACCAUGGCAGCCUCUCUGGCCUUUAUGCUUCCUGUGGCUACACCGCCUAAUGCCAUUGUCUUCUCCUUCGGGAAACUCAAAGUGUGUGAUAUGGCUAAAGCAGGAUUCCUUCUCAAUAUCAUUGGCGUGCUGACUAUCUCACUGGCCAUCAAUACAUGGGCCUACCCCAUCUUCAAACUGGACCAAUUCCCGAGCUGGGCCCACCUCAACACUACCAUUUGCCACGUCAAUGGCCAGUUCAACUCAAGCGUUUUCUUCCCUUAAUCCCCCCGGGGAGGGAAUCAGCUCUGAGAAAGAGCGGGGAUCUUGGCUGUACACAGACUCCUGGUCCUUUCACCUUAGGUGCCUGGGCAGGCCUGGAGAUGGCAAAGAAGUCGUCCCAGUAUUAGUGUGUAGUGUACAUAUGAGUGUGUGUGUGUGUGAUAGCCAAAUGAGGGUAUUUGUGCCAGUCUCAAAAGACAUGGCCACGGCCCCUUUGGACUAUAUUUAUUGACUCUGGGGAGGGUCUGAUGGGAAGUUCCCAGGCUUGAAUUUCAGCCCCUCUGGAAGGAGUUAAGCAAUUCCAGCACCUGGCUGGACAGCUCCUCCCUUGAAGAGUCUGGGGGUGGGGUGGGGUGGGAGAGAGGACUCGCCACAUUAAAGACUUUUCUGUGUUGUAGAUUGUUUGUGCUGGAGUAGGAGACUACCUCAGCAUCUCUCUCCGACCAGAGUUCAGCCCCACAGUUCUGGGAGCUUGGACGGCUGGGGAGGAAGGGAGAGGGAGUACUUUGUCCUGCGGCUGGAGACAUCCUUAGUCUAGUCAGGAGACUUUUAGGAGACCACAGAGAUCACUGGGAAGAUUCUGGCUCUCCUCAAAGGAUCUGGAUUCAUAUCUUGCCUUUGCCAUUUAACCCCUGGGGCAAUUGAAGCAAACCACCACCUCUUUGGGUGUCAUUUUAUCUCCUAGAUGGCCCUCGAGGUCCCUUAAUUUCUUUUACUUUACCUUUUUUUUAAUCU